CCCUCACUCUCUCUCUCUCUACCCCUCACAGGCACACACUCUGUCAGUGGAAGAGAGGAUUUCAAAAUCCAGCUGUAGCUCAAAGUGCUCGUCUCCUAAGGCAUACCCAGCUAAGAUGAGUUUUUGGGCUUUUUUCCCCAUUUACGUUCUCUCUUUCAUGUUUACGACUUCUUUUGAAGACGUAAUGCUGUGCUGAGAUCUGCCAUCAGGAGCUGUGAGGGAGUAGGUGAUGUGCUGAAGAAGAGCAGAAGAAGUUUUUAAACAACAGCUGAAGCACCUGCUUGUGACUGAUUUGAACGCAGGCGCUCAGACUUCGCAUUCUGACACAAUGACCGUGUUCCUCUAGAGGGCUCUUGCUUUUUUUGUGUGUGGGCAUGUGUGUGAGUAUGUGUGAAUGAGUGUGUGGAGAGUGUGAGUGUGUGUCCGCGUGUUGGUGUGCCUUUGCCUGAACUGGAAUCAAACCGUUGGGAUCUUUCGAAUGGAAUUCCGGGACUUUGGAAUAACUACCGGGAGAAGUAUCAUGAGUUCGAUCAGUGGGCGCUGAGCUCAUUAUAAAUGUUAAACCACUCUCUGCUGGGAGCCACACAAUCUGUGGGAAUUCAAGAAGAGAUGACCACUGUGUCAGUGGAGUCCCUGAUGGCAAUGGUGGAUCGGAUUCCCAAUGCCACUGAGACUCCAGUGGAGACAUCUGCAGAGGAUAUGGCCGCCACCUUCACCAUUGGCACCAUCCUGUCCGUCAUGUGCCUCGUGGGCGUGUCAGGAAAUAUCUACACCCUGGUGGUCAUGUGCCACUCCAUGCGCGCAGCUGCUUCUAUGUACAUCUAUAUUGUCAACCUGGCAAUGGCUGACCUGCUCUACCUGCUCACCAUUCCCUUCGUGGUGUGCACCCACUUCUUAAAGGGCUGGUACUUUGGUGAUAUAGGAUGUAGGACCCUCAUUAGUAUGGACUUUCUCACAAUGCAUGCCAGCAUCUUUACACUGACUGUGAUGAGCACGGAGCGAUACUUUGCGGUUCUUAAGCCCCUGGAUACAGUAAAACGAUCCAAGAGCUACCGCAAAGCCAUCGCUCUCCUUGUAUGGACAGCCUCAUUGAUUCUGACCCUCCCCAUGAUCAUUGACAUAGAGCUCAAGAUGGAAAAUUCCAAGCUGAUGUGUCAGACCACGCUGAGCCCUCUGUCUUACAAGAUUUACAUCUCCUCACUUUUCUGCACCAGCAUCGUCGCUCCUGGGGUCAUAAUCGGCUACCUGUACAUAUGUCUGGCACGUGCCUACUGGAUCUCGCAGACCGAGACGUUCAAGCAGACUCAGAAGCUGCCAAACCACAAAGUUCUGUACCUCAUCUUCACUAUCGUUCUCCUCUUCUGGGCCUGCUUUCUGCCUUUUUGGAUCUGGCAGCUCCUGGGCCAGUUUAAUCCAGAGAUGGUCCUGUCCACCAAGGCCAGGCGCAACAUCAAUUACCUGACCACCUGUCUGACCUACAGCAACAGCUGCAUCAAUCCCUUCCUCUACACCCUCCUAACCAAGAACUACAAGGAGUACUUGCGGAAGAGGCAGCGGACCUGGAUGGCUGGGAGCUAUUUCAACCGAAGGAACCGCUUCCAGCGCUCGCCUCGCCGCUCCCUGUCCUCCAGCAGCCAGCAGUGCACAGAGAGCUUCAUGCUCACGCACACAUCACGCACCAAUAACAGCAGUUUGUGAGGGGAAGGAAGAAGAACGGCUGCAGCAGGAAGAGCCUGGAGCUGGCCAAGCUGAUUGGCACCCCUUUCCUCAGGAAAGGGAGCGAAAAAAGACAGAGGAAGAGGAGGGCAUUAGCCGAAAAGAAAGGACAGAAGUUGCGUCAAAAAAAUCUUCACCCACCUUCAGAUGGAUCACCACAUCACAUCUUCAAAACCUUAUAUUUUACUCUCUUAUAAGUUACUCUCUUAAAAAAUAUAUAUAUAUAUAAAAAUAAGAUUCCAAAAAGGGUUAAUAAUGAUAAUGAAAGCACUUGAUACAAAAAGGAAAAAACACUGAUCAUUGGGCCACAUUGUAUCCGGUGCUCACUAUUUAGAAUCUGUUGAGCACCACUUUGUGUCUGGGAAGCCCCACAUAGUAUCUGGUGCUCACUGCAUAGUAUCUGGUGAGCAUCAUACAGUAUGUUGUGAGCCCCACUUUGUUUUAACCUUAACAAUUUUACAUUAUGAAAAAAUUCUACCUGGAAAAAAUACACAAUGCCCCUUUAAGGGCUCCAUAAAUUGCACAAUGCCAAAACACUGAACAAAUAUUUUUGGGGUUCGCUAGAAGCAAACUUGGUUAUGGCUAACUUUAGCUUCCUAUAACCAAUUACUUAGAUGUAUACAAUAAUACAUGACUGUUGCAUCAUCUCCACCCAACAUGCAAUGACCUAAAUUUUAGGGAUGCAUGAUGAUAUUGAAAUUACAUCAGUACAUGACGAAUAUUUCAAACUGGUACUUGCUGAUGUAUUUAUUGUGUGCUAGAAAAGGACCAAGCGACACUGGCUGCAGUACCAAAAUUGGCCGAUACUGGUGGUGCUACUUUAAAAUGCAUUGCUUUGAUUGAACAUUGAUUAAAAAGCUAUUUUUUCCUUAUUUUUAUUAGCUAUAAAGUUUUACCAGAGUGUCUUUUCUUUCCACAAGCUUUGUGUAUAUUGGCUUCAGCAGAUAUGUACAUGUGUAAUAUCAGAUAUCUGCUUCGGCCCAGAAUUGGUGCAUCCCUACCUAAUUUAACUAAAGUCCAGUGAGGUUGCUGAACUUUACCGCUUCUCCAUCAUCACAACAGACUGGCAGGAUCACAAACAGAUCACUAGAAGCCUGCUAAAAAAGCAGUGUUCUUUUAACCAUGUCAUGCACUUCCCCCGAGUUCCCGCUUAGUUCCAAUGGGAAAACUGACUCAAAAACAAGAUGUAAGAUACAAAUGAGAAAUAGAAGUGGGCCCAAUAUUAAAAAUCAGUCCUUUAGACGAAAAGGGGGUCUUCUAUGGCAUUGCUCAAAGAACCCUUGGCGGCACAAUUCAAACUCAUGAAUGACGUUGACUGACUAAUACAUCAAGUUCUCUCAGCUCUAAUCCAUCCAUAUAAUUAGCCCUGUAAAAUGAAUAGAACGAGGCAUAAGGGACUUAAUGGAUCCUUUUUAUUUCAUUCUGUCUGUCAAAUUCUCCAAUCUCAAAGAUGAAGUUUUAAACACCUCACAAAAGGCAGCUUUAACUUUGCCUCGAUUGAAAGUGAUUUAUUUUAAUGACUAAGUUUCCUCCAAUAAUAUAACAUCAUUUCAGAAAAACGUUUAACAUAAAUGUGGCAUUGCAGAGGAUGAUUGGAAGAGGAUUCGGAUAUUAAUGGGGUUACAGUUGUGCAAGACUCCCCAUAUGUGUUUAGCAGGCAGGAAAAAUACAGAAGAAUCAUUACAUUUCAUUGUAUUUGUCUAACACAGUGAUGAAAGCUCCUCUGUUUAACGGCAGGAGACAAUUACUGAACCCGGGUUCAUUUUCAAAGCUUUGAAUACUGUUACGCACCCAGACAUCAAACAGCUGCCGACUGAGAAACGAGUGCGACGGUGAUGCUCUCCUCCUUCAUUGUGCCCUGACCCUUCCUAAGGCCUGAGGCUGACAGCAGCAGAGUGCGCUACUGACCUCUGAACUGACCUGAGAUCAGCAUUCUGCUCACAUCUCAGCCUAAACACUUCAGAAAAGGACGUGACGAGGGCUGCUCAACUUUCCUGAAACUUUUCUCAAAAAAAUGGGUCCAGAUAAAACAUUAGCAAAAACAAUAUCAUCAGUGAAGAGACGAAUUACGCUGAGACCAGCAGUGUUGAGGCAUCAUUAACGCAAAGAGAAGAAGAUUUAGAUUUUAUUCAGAGUUUAUGUAUUAAAAUAAUUUUUCUUGUUUUCUGACAGAUGUGUUCAGUUGUGAUAUUCAUAAAGAGAAGAUGAAUUCUAUAAUUUGUUUAAAAAAAAGAAACCAAUGUGAGUGGAUCUGUUAUGUUUUUAAAUGUUGUGGUAUUCUGUUUCUUACUGUUAACACACACUCAUUGUUUACACUAAAGCAAGCAGCCUAAAAAAAGCUAAAUGAAAAAAAAGAGGCAAAGACGCUUAUUAUUCCCUUAUUAUGCUUUUAGGCUGUAUUCAGACUACCAGCUAAAAUCUGAUUUUUAGCAUAUCUAGUUUUAAUCUAGAUUUUUUUUUUAUUGUAUGGACAGCCAGAAAAUACUUGAAAUCCAAUUUGGCAUAUCUAUAUUGUAUCCUGACAGAUUUUGAAUUAUCUGGACAGCAGAAAAAUCUGAUUCACGCACAUGUAGCUUGUAUGCUGACUGAAUUCUGAUUGUCUGAACAGCUGGAAAGCACAUAAAAUUUUGACAUUUGUAGAUUGUAUGCGGACUGAUUUUUGAUAGUCUGAAUAGCUAGAAUCCACAUGAAAUGUUGCCAUUUCUAGGCUCUAUCCAGAUUAUCUUGGAGAAUUUUUUGGAAUGCCAGAAAAGACAGUGAAAUAGAUUUUUGCAAAUCGGAUCCAAACCACAUUUAGAGGUGGUUUGAAAUGUGAUUACAGUCAGAGUUUUACAGAUGCAUCUCAGUCUGGAAGCUCAAUUGGAUUUCAUCGUGUCCAUUUCGUCACUCACAAUUUAGGUUAGUUACUGAUGUUAACCUCGAUACCCCAGAAACCCUUGCAGAUAUGUAUGUGAUGUUCAGACACACAAAUCUGAUUUGAUCACUUUAAAAAUAACAGUGUGGACAUACAUCUCAACAGAUCUGAUCUGAGAAUCAAAUCUGAUUAGCCUGCAGUCUGAACAUAGGUUUAAGCAGCCGAAUGUGAAUGAAGAAUUUCUCUUGCUCAUGUGUGUAAAUCAGGCAGAGUCUUCUAUAAAGCUAAAAGCUGCCUCUGUUCAAGCCUGAAUUCAAUUCCUCACUGGAGCUCACCUCACUGUAGGUGCUCCAAAUGACUAAAACAGGCCACACUGGUCUGCUGUUUAACAUGUUAAUUUAUUUCUUAUGAAAACGUUUUCACGGAUACACAUUCUGAAUGGGGGUCCAGAGUGCAAACUGCACAAGCCUGCUUUUCCUAUUAGGCCAAAGGGAAUAGCUUGAAUCCUCAGUGCUUAGACUGUAAAUAUGUCUUUUUUUCAUUAAAUCUAUACGUUUUGCGCAGGCCACACAGGCACUUCGGUAUUUGUCUUACUGUCAUCAAUGUCCUUGCAGUAGAUGUACAGUGAUGCCAUUAUUUUGAAAUUCUUUUUGUAGCUAUAAUUGCACAAUGUCUCAUGAAACACCGAUUGUAAAUGACAUUUGAAAAUGCAAUUUGAAAAUUGAUGAUGAAUGGACAAUAAUAAAAAAAAUAUUUUGCGA